AUCAAAAAAGAGCAACAAAUGACAUUAAGCAGCAGACGUGAGGUGUUGUUUUCUAAAAUAUUUUCUUUUUGUGGCUUUGUUUUUUUGUUUAUUAUUUGCUUCAUUAUAUCAGUUCAGAUGAAUUAAUUUACUCUGCAUAUCGUACACGUAUCAUGAAUUUAGUUGUAUUAUUUUUGACGAUUUUGUUUACUUUAUUUGGAACAUUUACAUGCGCUGUUUUACCAACAUCAUCGAAUUUGACGAAAUCGAAUGAAUCCAACGGUGCCCAAGAGCUAGUAAGCUCAUCAUCAUUAUUAGAUGAACAAAAGCUGAAUGGCGAUCUUGACGAUCAUGCUGGCGAUCACGAUCAUGUCCAGAGAGUUGUAGGUCGUAAGGGGGUCAACAAUACAGAGGAUAUUGAAAAAGUGCCUACGGAUGAACAUCCGAGUCAUAGCAUAUCAGCCGAUCGAGCCAGCACGACCAUAACAAAAGAUAAUGAGAGUCAGACAAACAUUACCUCUGAAUUGUCAUCCCCUGCAAAGGACAAUAUAACGAAUUCAAGCACAGCGUCAACAAAUACAUCCGAUAGAUAUUCACCGUCCGUAAGUAAAUCAACCGAAACCAGUGCGUCACACACAUCUUCGUCGAAAAUGUCAAAAUCGGAAAAUACGUCGACGUCAACAAAUACGUCCAAAUCAUCGGUUACAAAAUCGACCGAAUCAACGUCCUCCAAGUCUUCUUCCUUCAAUAAGAAACCGUUGGUCACAUAUAGCGUCGAAGACGAUCCAUCUUUGCUCAAUGUUCCCAGGGUGCGACAGUUAAUCUCACCAUUAACGCCGCUAGACGUCAAAGCCGAAGCCGCUAAUUCUGCAUAUUUACCGCCAUCCAGUGAUUUCGUUCUCGAUCGAAUGCAAAGCAAACGUGAGCUGUACAUAUUCCCGCUGGUAGUACUAAUUUUUCUUGUGCCAAUGGUUCUGGGUAUAGGCAUUAUAGUUUUACGCCGUGUACGAGACUAUUGGUCGACAAGGCACUAUCGCCGGAUGGACUUCUUAGUGGAUGGAAUGUACAACACAUGAGAGAACUCUUGUGAUUUUUGAUAUUAUUUUUUUGUUGAAAUUUAAUAUUUUUGUUACUGAUGCAGAUAUAUUUGAUGAUAUUAAAUAUUUUUAAAAAUUUCUAUUCUUA